AAGAACUGUGGCAACAUGUACAAGAUGCUUUAAGAGACCUAUACCUACAAAGCUACAGUACUGUUAAAAUUUUUAGGCAGUUAGGCACAUAAAAUGAGGAUGCUGUCAAAAACAAUGUCAUAAAUAGAUUUUCUUUAUCAAUGAACUUCUAUUACCUAAAAUAAAUAAGCAUUUUAUGUGGCCAUCCUUUGCGUUUAAAGCAGCUUUUGCCCUAGGUACACUUGUGCAUAGUUUUUCAGGUAGCUUUGCAGGUAGGUUACUCAAAACAUCUUGGAGAUGUUGCCACAGUUUUUCUGGAUUUAGUCUGUCUCAGUUUGUCUGUUUCUUCAUGUCAUUCCAGAGACAGACUGGAUGAUGGUGAGAUCAGAUCUUACAAAUAAUGGCAAACAGAAUGUUUGGAAAUGUAAACCGAUAUUUUUUACUGACACACUACAGCAAAAGAUAGAAAUAACUUACUUUAAACCAUUUUUUAGCUGGUGAAAAUACUAGUGGCCUAAGACUUUUGCACAGUACUGUAUAUUAUGUUCAGAUGCUUAGGAAAUAUAGAAUGUAUUAUUUUUUAGCCUUUUUGUGUCUAGCAUUAAUUGCUGGUGGUUACAACUUCAUUAGAUUAUUUUCCAAUGUCUGUUCAUUUUUUUUUUAAUUGUGUGAAAAUGGUAAUUUCCUGUUUGCUUUCAAGUUCCUGAAACUGCAAAAGAUAUAGUUACCUUCAGCUUCAUUGCUUUUAUUAGUACAAAAGUGUCAAAUUCAUAAUUAAUUAAGCAUUUAAAUUGUUAAUAUAAAAUGACACCAGAAAUAGCAUUUAAAACUGUUAUAUGGAGUUAUUAUUUGUCUACAUACAGGGCUUUGGUGAUUUCGCAAUCAAGGAUUCUUGACCUAAAGUGACGUCUGCAAUUUUUGCAACUGACAGCAAAUGCAAAGAUGUGUUGCAAAAUUUUCACAGAGUCACACAGGCCUUAACACUUAAUCCACAAACCCGAAUCACCAUAAAAAGCACCAUCACACAACAAAUAACUAACUGUGAAGACACAAGCAACACCAACAUAUACAAAUAAAGAUAAAAUAACAGGCCUUAAACCCACAAACUGUGGGAACCCACAAACCUUUAACAGAUCAACAACAUUUUUUAACAUGAUAUGGUAUGUUCAGGCUUACUCUGUUUUAGGGGGUAUAUUGUUGGUCUAGCACUGAAAAGUAAUUCAAAUUCUUUACAUUUGUCUAAAAGUGUCUAUGUUUUGAUAUUAGCUGAUUCCUCAGAAAUUGUAAACCAGCUCACCUGCUUGUUGCUCCUCUGGGAUGACGUGUGUGAGAUCUGGAUUAGGCCUUAGAUAACAGGAUUAGAAUGUUCCACACACUACAGGGAAUCCUUAAAUAGCCUGUGAGAGUGUUAGUGUCUCGGUUGUCUUGUGUGGUUUGGUAUUUUCAACCAUUUUUCUGUGGUCCACCACACUGGCUGUCAUCCUGUAUGAUCUGAAAGAAGAUUAGUUAUCAACUACCAGACAUGGCUGAUGUGUUAAGGAGUCUUAACCUAUUGGAAACACUAAAGGAGUCCAUCGAGAAGAACAACAUUUCGGAUAUAAGAGAUGCAUUGGAGGACAUGCUUAUCAGCAGAAUCAACAUUGCAAUCACUGGGGACAGAAAUGCAGAAAAAGCCACUUUUAUAAACUCCCUUAGAGGGCUGAGCCAAGAAGAUGAAGGAGCAGCCUGCUCUCCAUCAUCUUCUGCUCCAGAAGAACUAGCUGUAUACCCCAACCCCAAGCAUCCUGACUUUCGUCUCUGGGAUCUGCCAUCCAUCUCUAGCGAUGCUUCUUUUGAGGCCGAGGAUUAUAUAGAGCGGUUCAAAGUGAUGAGAUACAAUGCUAUCAUUAUCACAUUCACAGACAGACCUAAUGUUAACAGCGUGGCGGUUUGGAGGGAAGUUAGGUCACUACAGAAAGAGACCAUUUACUUCAUUUUAUUAGCAUCCGUGAAGGAUACUGAGAAAACAUUGGAGGCAAAGAAGACGGCAAGUUUAGAAGUGCUCAAGGCAGAAGGUGUUCCUCUGCCCAAGGUGUUUUUGGUGCAACCUUCAGCUUUGGAGAAGCUGGACUUUCUAAAGUUUUUAGAAGUCAUGCGAGGUGACCUUCCAGAGAUCAGAUCGCAUGCGCUGCUUCUAGCACUUCCUACAUUCUCCAACUCCAUGGUCACUCAGAAAAAAGAUGCCUUCAAGGCACUGGUGUGGGCCGCCGCUUCAUUAUCCGGAGGCGUUUCUGCCAUUCCCGUACCUUUGGUGGCUUCCAUGGUGGACGCUACGGUGGCCAUACGGAUUCUGACCAAGGCUCAGAUCUCGCUUUGCCUGGACGACGAGUCUCUUGAGCAACUGGCGAGGCAGCGAGGUCUCAACCCUGCCAGGCUCAAGGCCCUGCGGACCUGCGCUCUGUCUGUGGAGGUGAGCAAGAGCGAAGUUAAAAGACGACUCGCGGAGGCCGAGAAAGACACCAGCACUGCAACCACCAGACUUGUGGAACUCGCCAUGCCGAGACACGCCAGAUCCGUCAGCCGAUCUUUCACCGUUAUGCUGCAGGCGCUCAACACUGCUAUUGACGAUAUGGGUGCUGAUGCUGAGAAAGUGGUUGCUAUAGUAACAGGGGAGGGACAGUAGAUUAAACAGUACUCAAUACAUGCAACUGCAAUAUUGCUGUACAAUCAACUUGGAAUGGUACCUAAAUGGACUAGCCUACAGGAAUGGACUAUAAGCAAUAUUUUUUAUUUAAAAAGAAUAACUUCUUAAUUUUCAUUAUUUAGUUGAUUAAUAUGCCUUAUAAUGCUAGAUUUCAAUCCAGUUCAUUUUUAAGGAUUAACUGUCAUAAAUGCCCAUUACAGAUGCAAAUUUAUGACCCCCAAAUUAAAAAAACAAAACAACAAAAAAAAAAAGGUUUCAAAUGCAGAUUUAGCCAAUUUUACCAUGAGGAUAUAGAGAAAAUCUCACCAUAUAACUACUUUUUUUUCUUUUAAUUCAACAUUCACAUUAUUGUUUUUAUGGAACCCUAUGUCUGUAUAAUAAUAAUAAUAAUAAUAAUACAUUUAUUUUAUUACAUUGUUAAACUUAAAUUUUAAAAAAUAAUUUUAAAAAAGUAGUAACUGCGUUAAUAACACUGCACUGCACAGUAUCUGUUGUACAAUAAAAAUCUCCAAUCAGAUCUACACAAAUGACAUAUUUUGGAUUCAGAAUGUCUAUUUUUGUCCAAAGGUGACAAGUUUGCAUCUCUGUUGUAAAAUGUCUGUAUAGAGUUGAUUUAUCAUAAGAAUUUUGUUUAGACUUACUUUAAGGGCACCUA